AUGCAGUUCGCUACCCUGCUCGCCCUUCUCCCCGCCGCCCUCGUGGCUGCUGCUCCGGCUGCCCCGGCUUCAGAAAUCCAGGACCGCCAGGUCGCUUCGGGUUGCUAUGCUUUGUACGUUACCAUGUCCCUGUCCUUAUCUCUUGCCACACCCUCCCCUCCUCCCUCGGAUCGUUUCUACCUUUCAGGAACCGUCCGCAAAUCAGCAUCUAACAAGUACGACCCAUACAGCGAGGACCCCGACUGCGGCAUCAACUACCCCGUGUGCCAAUGCGCCAAUGGCUGGUUCUACCAGUUCAACCAAGACAAUGCGAACAACGGCAACUACUGCAACCCGCCUUGGGGAAUCCUCGCCAAGUCCGUGAGCGGCCUCCCCGGCUACAGCUGUUAA